CUCGCCCCGGCAGCUGCUCUUAAAGGGGCAGCAGGAGUCCAAGGGCCAGGAAGGGAAAGAGGCAGAGGAGGGAGCCAGCACCAUGAACUGCAUCAUCCGACCGUGCACGGUGAAAGACUGCAAAGUCAUCCUGCAGUUCAUCAAAGAGUUGGCCAUUGAUUACAAGGUGCCCCCCACCGAUGUGAAAGUCACCCUGGAAGCGCUGAGAGAGGAUGGGUUCGGGGCACGACCCCGGUACGACUGCUACCUGGCGGAGCUGCCCCCCGGGGAGACGAACAAGGAGGGUGGCAGCAUCGUGGGUUACGUCCUGUCCACCUACACCUACAGCUCCUGGAAGGGCAGGAACGUCUACAUGGACAAUAUAUACGUCCAGCCCCAGUUCAGAGGCCGGCAGAUCGGGAAGCAGCUGCUAGAGAAGGCCGCCCAGGCAGCCAUAGCCAAGGGCUGUUGCCAGUUGCGCAUGCAUGUGGGCAACUGGAAGGCCAACGAAAUGGGCUUCCUGGCCCACCAUGGGGGCGAGGACCUGACGGCCAAGGAGGGCUGGGCCCUCUUCCGCUUCGAAGAAGACGCCCUGCGGAGACUGGCAGCCCGCAGCACAUUUUAGGGGCCUCGGGGGGGGGGGGA